CGACAGAGAACUUGUGUGUGUGAGCGACGCUGGCCGUAUGGGCGCCGCAGGGAGAGAAGCCGAGGAGCUGCAGAGACAACCAGUUCUCAGAGUGGGGAGGGACUUAGUGCGAGAGAAACCACCUGGGUCCCCAUCCCCGAGCGGACCAGGGAGGGGCUUUCCGGGCCCGCGACGUCAGCGCAGCAACGACGGACCCCGCUGCGACGGCAGCAGGCGAGGGAUCCUGCCCGACUCCGCGUCGGCUGCUCUCGACCUGUCAUUUACUCCAUCAUUUAUAGUGAUGCUACAGGACAGAGAGGAAUGGAUAAAAACAUUGGCGAGCAACUCAAUAAAGCUUAUGAAGCCUUUCGACAGGCAUGCAUGGAUAGAGAUUCAGCAGUAAAAGAACUACAGCAAAAGACUGAGAACUAUGAGCAGAGAAUACGUGAGCAACAGGAACAGCUGUCACUUCAACAAACUAUUAUUGACAAGCUAAAAUCACAGUUACUUCUUGUGAAUUCCAGUCGAGAUAACAGUUAUGGCUGUGUUCCCCUGCUUGAAGACAGUGAAGCAAGGAGGAAUAAUUUCACUCUGGAUCAGCCACAUGAUAACGUAAAAUCACGAAUACCAAAAGAAAAAGAAUCAAAGGUAAGAAGACAAGAGGUUUCUUCUCCAAGAAAAGAAACUUCACCAAGGAGUCUUGGCAUUCCUUUAUUCCAUGAAAGAGGUUAUAUAGAGAAGACUUUCCGGGAUCUGAAAGAAGAAUUUCAUAGAAUAUGCAUGCUAGCCAAAGCACAAAAAGACCACUUAAGCAAACUUAAUGUACCAGCCACUGUAACUGAGACACAGUGCUCUGUGCCUAUACAGUGUACGGAUAAAACAGAUAAACAAGAAGUGCUAUUUAAGCCUCAGGCAAAAGAUGAUAUAAAUAGAGGUGCACCAUGCAUCACAUCUGUCGCACCAAGAGGAUUGGGCCAAGAUGAGGAAGACACCUCUUUUGAAUCACUUUCUAAAUUCAAUGUCAAGUUUCCACCUACGGACAGUGACUCUACUUUCUUACAUAGCAGUCCAGAAAGACCCAGUGUCCUUGGUCCUGCCUCAUGUGAGGCUAUGUGCCAGGAUAAAUUUAAUAUGGAGCCCAGAGACAACCCGGGAAACUUUGUCAAAACAGAAGAAACUUUAUUUGAAAUUCAGGGAAUUGACCCCAUAGCUUCAGCUAUACAAAACCUUAAAACAACUGACAAAACAAAACCCUCAAAUCUUGUAAAUACUUGUAUCAGGACAACUCUGGAUAGAGCUCCGUGUUUGCCACCUGGAGACCAUAAUGCAUUAUAUGUAAAUACAUUCCCACUUCAGGACCCAUCUGAUGCACCUUUUCCUUCACUCGAUUACCCAGGAAAAGCUAUCCGAGGACCACAGCAGUCUGUGCAUUCAUGUUUCAGUAGAUGGCACCCUGCAUUGUGCAUUUGCUUUCUAGGCUACAGCAAGGGAAACAGCUGCCCGUUUGGAAGCCCUUUCCUAAUCAAGACAGUGACUUAUCGGUACUAAGUGGCACAGGCUCAGAACUGCAUAUACCUCGAGUAUGUGAAUUCUGUCAAGCAGUUUUCCCACCAUCCAUUACAUCCAGGGGGGAUUUCCUCCGGCAUCUUAAUUCACACUUUAAUGGGGAGACUUAAGACGCAUUUGAAAACAGACAUAUCAAGUUCUAUGUGAUGAUUCUGGGUUUGUAAUAUUAUGUACUUGAUUGCAAACUUAGCUCAAAAUCAUUUGUUGAAAAAUCCAGUGUCACAGCUAUUUGAAUUUUUUUCUAAACUUACGUUGUAACUUUCUUUUAUUACCUUUUAAAAGAUCAUUCUGUACAAAACUGUAAUUCAUUGUAUUCAUGUUUACAGUGUUUAUUGCCAUAAUUCAAAAUUAUGUAUGUGACUUAUGGAAUUGUAUAACAAUAAGUUAUGUUUUUUUCAAAUGUCUAAGCUUAUUGCUUGGAUUUCUAGUUAGAUCUAUUGAAUUUGGUGAUGUCAAAUGUUUAUAGGGUUUUUUUCACUUGUUUUCAUUUAAAAGUUUAGAUUAUUUAUGCUGUGGGUGUUCUUUUUGAAUAAACCAAUAAUAGAGAAUAGCAGACAAGAUAAACAUCUGAGUAAAUACCAAACCUAAGACAUUUGUUGCUCAGUGAUAAGAUCACUGGUAGGAUUAUUUAAAAACUUUAUUUUUUUUUUAAAUAGACAUGGUUUUAAUUUUUACUAUACGUAUAGCAACAUGAUGAAAUUAAAUAUUAAAAGUUACUUAUAUUGUGAUAAUUAAUGUGUUCUUUGUUCUUAAAUAAAUAAAUAAAUCAC